UGUGUGUUUGUUCACUACUCACUGCUGUGUGUGUGCACUUGGAUUGGGUUAUAUCAGUGUUUCCCAACCCUGUUCCUGGAGGCACACCAACAGUGCACAUUUUGGAUGUCUCUCUUAUCUGACCAAUAUAUUUCUAGUCCUGGAGUCUCUACUAACGAGCUGAUGAGUUGAUUCAGGUGUGUUUGAUCAGGAAAAGCUGGGAAAUGUGUAGUGUUGGUGUGCCUCCAGGAACAGUGUUGGGAAACAUUGGGUUAUAUGCAGAGCACAAAUUCAUGUACGAGACACACAUAUCACUUUCACUAUGGUUUGUGUAAAAGCUGAGAUUUGAUUGAGAUUCAGUGGGUCAGUGCUAAUGCUAAAAAUGUUCAUUUAAAUUGUUUUCAUUCAUUUUAAAAUAAGUAUUUGUGUUUUAAAAAGAAUAACCGAUCAAUGUGCUUAAUUCAUGAAAAGUUCCAGGGACAUAUAAUUGUUUAUUAAAAUAUAAUCUAAAUUCACUGUACUAUUGUAUUGCAAUUGUCCAUGUUCUGGUGUUAUAUUUGAGUUCACUUUGACAUUUCCCUUUAAUUUUUUAAUGAUAUACAGAAAAUAAAAUCCCCCAUGAGUGGUUUGGAGAAUGGAUGGAUGAAAAUAAAACUUUGUAUUAUUUUAUUUUAGACUUCAUGUAACAUGUCGAGGAGAGUGAAGGAGAGGAGAAAAAUCAUCACGUCCAAACUGGAGAAAAGUCAUUCAGGAGAGCCAAAAAUUCUUACCCUCAGACUGGAAAGAGAUUACCAAACAAACAAAGCCUUAAACUUCACAUGAGGGUUCAUGGUGGAGGGAAGAUGCACACAUGUGAUCAGUGUGGGAAGAGUUUUGCACAAAAAUCAAGCCUGAAGACACAUAUGAUAAUCCACAGCGGAGAGAAACCACACACGUGUGAUCAGUGUGGGAGGAGUUUUACACAAAAAUCAGGCCUGAAGACACAUAUGACAAUCCACAGUGGAGAGAAACCGUACUCAUGUGAUCAGUGUGGGAACAGUUUUACACUUAAAGUAAAUCUUAAGUUACACAUGAGGAUCCACACUGGAGAAAGGCCGUACCCAUGUGAUCAGUGCGGGAAGAGUUUUACAGAUGCGAGCACUCUUAAAUCACAUCUGCGUUCGCAUUCUGGAGAAAGACCAUUUUACUGUGACCAGUGCGGGAAAACGUUUACAUCAGCUUCAAUCCUAAGGGUUCACCUGAAAAUUCAUACAAAAGAAAAGCCUCAUGUGUGUUCUUUGUGUGGAAAGUGUUUUAGUGUGCUGAGUGUCUUAAAAGAACACCAGAAAAGACACAGUGGUGUGAAGGAACAUAUGUGCUUUGAUUGUGGGAAGACCUUUGUUACUGCCGCUGAGCUGAGAAAGCACCAGACAGUUCACACUGGAGAAAAGCCUUACAAGUGUUCACACUGUGACCAGAGAUUUCAUUGCCCAGGAUAUGUGAAAACACACGAGAGGAUCGUGUGGGAAGAGUUUCACACAAAAAGGAAACCUUAAGAUUCACAUGAAAAUCCACAAUAGAGACAAGCCACAUGUUUCACACAUGUAGCACUCUGAAGUUACAUCUGCAUUCUCACUGUGGACAAAAUCCAUUUAACUGUGAUCAAUACAGUAAAAGAACGAGCAUUAUACCUGAAGAAACAUGUGAAAGUUUGUACGAAGGAGAAGCCUCACUAUUGUUUUAUGGCUGAGUGUUAUGAGAAUGUGUUUAAGAUUCACUGAUCUUGUGUCUUGAUUUAACGUCACAUGAAAAACUAUGUGUGAAUGUUUAAAGGGUUACUCCACUUGUUAUUAAUCACUUACCCCCAUGUCGUUCCAAACCCAUAAAAGCUUUGUUCGUCUUCAGAACACAAUUUAAGAUAUUUUAGAUGAAAACCGGGAGGCUUGUGACCGUCCCAUUGACUGCCAAGUAAAUUACACUGUCAAGGCACAGAAAAGUAUAAAAACAUCGUUAAAAUAGUCCAUCUGCCAUCAGUGGUGCAAUGAGAACACUUUUUGUACGCAAAGAAAAUAAAAAUAACGACAUUCAUUCAACAAUUCGUCUCCUCUCUGUCUCUCUGUGUCAGCGCAGUCUCCUCUCUGUCUCUCCCCUGGUGAAAAAAACUAUAGAAAGUUUUACUGGUUAUAAUGGGAAUUUUAUUGGUUUUAAUGGAAACCAGUACAUUUAAUGGUUUCUAGUGUGUUUUGGGACAUAUUCCAUUAUGAUUGAAUGGUUUUAACAAGCCACCAAUAGAAGACAACAAAUUACCCGCAGGGACAAUUACAGUUUCCAUUAAAACCAAUACAAUUCCCAUUACACCCAUUAUUCUGAUUUAGAUUUAGAUUUUUUUCUUUAAUUUCUUUAUAAUUAUCACAGUAAUUCAAAAACAGUAACAAAAUCACAGUAAACAAAACAGAUUUAAUAUAGAUAGAUUUUUUUUAAAUAUAGAUAAUAUAAAUAGAUUUUUCAUUUAAUAAUGACUCAUAAAUAAACUUUUUUGCUUAUUCUUCAGUUAUGUUUUAUAAUGUGAAGGCAUUAAGCUUAGUUUUGGACUAAUAAGGACUCUCAAUUCAAGAUCCAGUUUAACAGGCUUAGACCUUUCCAUUGCACAAAAGGUUAUUUGCAGCUGUCACGAAUCUGGUCUGCACUUCCGUCCAUUCACCACCAGAGGUCACUCGCUCACCACAUGGACUUUCACACCACACAUCACAUGGACUCCAUUUCCCAUCAUCCAACACUGAUCACAGCUGUCACCAAUCACUCAUUGCACUAAUCACACGCACACCUGAUCCCACGCACAUACUGAUCACACACGCUUUAUAAGCCUUGGACUUUCUCUGCCUCUCGGCCGAGUAUUGUUUGCGUUUACCGCUCCCCUAGCUGUAGCAACUUUCAGAGCCCUUGUUAGUGUCUUAGUCUUCCCUGUUCUCCCGUGUUUGUUUCUAGUCUGUGUUCCCUGGAUUAACCCUUGCCUUGCCGUUUGGACAUUGUUUGCACCCCUACUGGACUCUAGCCCGUUUUACUUGGAUUACCUCUCCUGUCUUGCCCCUUUGGAUACUGUUUGCCGAUCAUCGACCCAUGCUUGUCCUAGUUUACUCUUUGUCUUGCCCAUGUUAUACCUGUUUGCCACUGUUCGACCCUGCCUGUUAUGACCAUGUCUUUCUCUAAUAAAAGCCUGCGAAUGGAUCCGCAUGUCUCUCGUCUCGUCAGCCCCGUAACAGAAUACUCGGCCGCACAAGGAUCCAGCGGCUUUUCCAAGGAACCCUGGCCAGGUAUGGAUCCAUUCGACCAGCUGCUCAAUCUGCGACAAGGUAGUUAAUCUAUUGAAGAGUACGUCAUUCAAUUCUGUGAGCUGGUGUAUAGGAUUCCUUUUGAUGAGGUUGUCUUAAAGGACAUUUUCCGUUUUGGAUUAAGUGAGCCAAUCAAGUCAUGUUUACCGGAAGGAAAGUUUAAUUGUAGUUUGACUGAUUUUUUUGGACUAUGCUUUGCUAUGUGCUGGCUCUGUUUACUGUGGGUGUCGCGGAAGAGGAACGCGACGGCGUGUCUGUGACUGAAAUGGCAGAUGUAUCAGCGUGCGCUCACGAAAUGGCAGUGACACCGAAGCCCGUUCACAAAAUGGCGGCCACAACAACACCCCGUCACGUCAUUGCUGCAAUUCAUGAGCCAAGUCAAGUCACAGUCAAUCUACAUGAAUCAAGCCAAGUCACAGCUAAUUUUCACAAACUAAGUGAAGUCACAGUUGAUGUCAGAGAGUCUAGUCAAGUCAACGUUGAUCGUCAUGAAUCAAGCCAAGUCAACGUUGAUCGUCAUGAAUCAAGCCAAGUCAAAGCUGAUCUUCACAAGUCACAGCAGCACGUCUCAGCCGCGCGUCCAGAGUCACAGCAGCACGUCUCAGCCGCGCGUCCAGAGUCACAGCAGCACGUCUCAGCCUUUCACGUCACAGCUGACCGUCCAGAGUCACUUCACGUCUCAGCUGAUCUCCUAGAGUCUCGUCACGUCAUGAGUCAAGUCACGUCUUAAUAAGCCUUGGACUUUCUCUGCCUCACUGCCGAGUAUUGUUUGCGUUUACCGCUCCCCUAGCUGUAGCAACUUUCAGAGGCCUUGUUAGUGUCUUAGUCUUCCCUGUUCUCCCGUGUUUGUUUCUAGUCUGUGUUCCCUGGAUUAACCCUUGCCUUGCCGUUUGGACAUUGUUUGCACCCCUACUGGACUCUAGCCCGUUUUACCUGGAUUACCUCUCCUGUCUCGCCCCUUUGGAUACUGUUCGCCGAUCAUCGACCCACGCUUGUCCUAGUUUACUCUUUGUCUUGCCCAUGUUAUACCUGUUUGCCACUUUUCGACCCUGCCUGUUAUGACCAUGUCUUUCUCUAAUAAAAGCCUGCAAAUGGAUCCGCACGUCUCUAGUCUCGUCAGCCCCGUAACAGCAGCACACAAAGGUCCUUUAGACUAUAAAACACAUCUCCCCCAUCUUUAUUUGACCCUCUAACUCUAGCACUCUCUAUUCAUAAAAAAACUUGUCCCUUUUAAAUGUGCACUCUAUUCAUUUACUGCUUGUUUUCUUUAGAAAAGUUUUUUUUUUUUUUUUUUGUUUGGUAUUCUGUCUGUUUUCUUUUUAUUUAUUAUAUAAUUUAAAAUUAGCUGUACUGCGUUAAGCUAACAGAGACUUGUUUGUAGGGUUUAUACAUAAAUAUAAUUUAAUUUAGCUCAAAGGGAAUCAUUUAUGAUUUUAAAGGGAAUUUGAACAGAAUCACUGUUUUGCGGCUGGUCACUGAGUCGGCAGCUAUUCACUGAACGAGCCGUAUAACAUUAAUUCUGCACUGGAUAUUAAAAUCUAAAAUAUAGUGAAAACACUAUUAAUAAGCACAGUAACAAGAUCGGCAGAUUAAGACAUUAACUUGUAAGCACAAAACACAAGAUACUUCUCUUUUCAAUAUAAA